AUGACCAGCUCUUCCAAACCAGCAAUGAUGACUUUACGCUCUUUGUUAAAGCUCACAGCUAUGGUGCCGUCAUGUCUGGCAUCCCUCGCUGUUUACUGGGGACAGGCUGAGAAUGACAAGCAGCAGACAGACCUGCUCUUCUACUGCUCAUCACAAGCUGUUGACACCAUAAACUUGGCCUUUGUUUCCAGAUUCGGCCAAAAGUACAUCGACGAGGACAACAGCGAUGGCUUUGUCCUGAACUUGUCAAACAUGUGCACGCAGUACAAUGAUUAUCGUUAUUCCUGUCCCAAGGUGAAUAGGGACAUCAAAGAGUGCCAAAAACUGGGUAAGAAGAUUGUCAUUUCAAUCGGAGGUGAGGACAAUUCCAAUGAGAAGUAUGGCUUCAUCGACGAUAAUGAAGCAAAACGCUUUGCGCAUAUCCUUUGGGACCAUUUUGCAGAAGGCCAUUCAGCAAAUAGACCCUUUGGAGACGCCAUUGUCGAUGGCUUCGACUUUGAUAUUGAAACUAGGGAUCAGACUGGCUAUUUGGAGCUGGCCAAUGAGCUGAAGAGUAUAGUGGAACUCAACGGAACCAAGGACUACCUCUUCACGGCUGCACCUCAAUGUGGUUUGAAUGAACGUGACAUGGAGCAGCUGCUGGAUAACUUUGAAAUGGAUAGGCUAUACAUUCAGUUCUACAACAACAAGGAUUGUGAAUUACUGUCUGAUGGCUUUAACUACUACGAUUGGGCAAAUGAAGUGAUUUCCAGAGGUCAUUCCAGUACAAAGCUAUACAUCGGAUUACCUUCAGCUUCUAAGGCUGCUUCGUCAGGAUUCAUAAAAGAUGUGGGUCGAUUACAGGACGUUUGUAAAGACAUUCUUGCUGAUAGUCGAGUUAAUGAAACCUUUGGUGGACUGAUGUUUUGGGAUGCAAGUCGUGGAUUUGACCUCUAUGAAAGGGACUCUCGAGAUUCCAGCUAUAUCUUCCGUGCUUGGUCUGCUCUCAAUGCGUUGUUUGGAGAAGGUCUAGGCUCUGGUGUGACGAUGACCAACGAUACAGGUGGACAAACUGUAGACAAUGUUACUUGCUUAUUUUGA